AUGAAAGUAGAUAGAUUGACUGCGGCGGUUAUCUAUUUGAGUACAGUGGGAGCUUCUCUUUCUGGGUAUCAAUCGAUAUUCAACACGCUUUUACCUUCAAGGCUUCAAGGAAAAGACGUAUUGGGGGUACAAUCUGCAGUGAAGAGUGCUACAGGGCAAUAUCUCUAUGCUGGUGAGUUUGAGACAGUUGAGGAGCUCGUGUUUGAGCUAUUUGGUGACGUUGAAGAGUUGAAAAGAUGGGAUCCAAACGGACAGAUAACGUUCACCGAUUAUUAUUAUCAAGAUGGUAUGACCAUGCCUGUGGAGGCGAUGGGCGAGCAGUUAGUAGCAGAGGUCUGGUUAGAACUUUGGAGGGUUUACAAGAAGUGCAAGAGGAUAUUCGAAAUUUUGGAGAAGUUAUCAGAAAAGGAUUAUGAAGCCGUAUAUGACUGUGUGUAUCCGGGUGGUGAAGAUGAAGAAGUGUAUGAGAACAUUGGUGAUUUGAACUGGGAUAUCAAGAGUUUUCAGCUUGAUGCUUUGAGCUUUGGAGACAAUGACACAGAUCGUAUACAGCUUUCCAAUGUGCCCUUGGUCGAUGAUCUCGAUCUUGCGGUACUCUAUUCCUCAGACCUUGGGACUUUUGAAUUUGAAGUGCCUGUGGAUUGGGGGUAUAACUUGCCCUCUAUCGAAUCAGAUGAUACGGUCAAUACUCAAUUGAUCAAACUACUCUUGAAGAUUCCUUUUAUUAUCGUCAAAGUUAUAGUACUUGUGAUUUGGAACUUGAUUGAGUUGAAAAAAUUAGUGGAGUUGGCUGAGGCAAAGGCCGUCUUAUGGAUCAUAAAGAUUUUGAUGAAGAUAUGCCAUAUAAUCAUGUUCAUUAAGGAUCAAAUUGUUUUUGAGCUAAAGGUUAUAGUUUGGACUUUCAAAACCAAGAAGCCGCUUAUCAAAGCCAUCCAAGUGCUCUUCCUCAUUAUCAAAAAGCUCAAUCAAUUGUUAUGGAUCGUUAAGGAUUUACUCUACAGAUACAAGUGGAAGAUUUACUGGAUCUUGAAAAGAGCCAAGAAGAAGUCAAUAUUUGUUGCUUUAUACCUUGAGAAAGUUGUGUAUGCAAAGUUGGAUCUCCCAACAAAGGAGGAGAAGCAGUUUCCAAAGUUUUUUGAUCCAAAGGAUGAGUACGUUGAUGGUGAUUAUUUCAAAGAGUUUGCACAUUAUCAGUAUAUCAAGCCUGGGAAUUAUAGGGAUUUCUCAGAUAUGAUAAGACGAUCAUUUCUCGUAGAGGAAGAUUUGGAAAUGGAUGAAAUUUGGGAACAAGUUAAAGAGGACGAGAGGGAUCAUUCAAAAGAUGGGAUAAUAUUUGAUUAUAAGGAGGAGUUUGGGUUCAACUCAGUACGGCUUGACUUGAAAAACAUCGACAAACAGUACAAAAAACCUGUAUUGACAAAGGACUUAAAGGACUGA